AUGCCUGACUUGCUUACUCUCUUGCUUGCUGCCUCCCUCACUCACUGCCUGCCUUGCUCACUGCCUACCUCACUAGCUAGCUCGCUCACUGACUUGCUCGCUCCCUUGCUCACUGCCUCCCUACUACUCUCUCACUAUCUCACUCACUAUCUCACUCACUAUCUCGCUCACUAUCUCACUCACUGCCUCACUUACUAUCUCACUCGCUGCCUCACUCGCUGCCUGCCUCCUCGCUCACUGCCUCAGUCACUGACUCCCUUACUACCUAUCUUGCUGCCUACUUCUCUCCUGAAUGUGGUUAAUAUUAUAUGUCUCUGA